CGUUGUCUUACACCAUUGGCGGAUUCUUCUUCUUCUUCUUCAGUUCUCGUGUUUUUCGAUUUUUACUUCAAUUUGCUACCGGAGUUGUCGAUUGGGCGGCGGGAAAGUGACGUUGGAAAUGUCCGACGACAUUCACGGCGGUGCUUCACUUCCAUCAGGUCCCGAUGGUCGGAAACGCCGUGUGACCUACUUCUACGAGCCCACAAUUGGCGAUUACUAUUACGGCCAAGGCCAUCCGAUGAAACCUCACCGUAUCCGCAUGGCCCAUAAUCUCAUCGUUCACUACGGUCUUCACCGUCGGAUGGAGAUCAACCGGCCCUACCCUGCUGGUCCUGAGGAUAUCCGGAGGUUUCACUCCGAUGACUAUGUCGAUUUCCUCGCCUCCGUCAGCCCCGAAACGCUGUCGGAUCACGCUUUCUCUCGCCAUCUCAAGCGCUUUAAUGUUGGCGAGGACUGCCCUGUUUUUGAUGGCUUAUUUGGCUUCUGCCAAGCGUCUGCUGGCGGCUCCAUUGGUGCUGCCGUCAAGCUCAAUCGCGGCGAUGCUGAUAUUGCUAUCAAUUGGGCUGGUGGCCUUCAUCAUGCUAAGAAGUCUGAGGCCUCCGGUUUCUGUUACGUCAAUGAUAUUGUUUUGGGUAUUCUUGAGCUGCUGAAGUAUCACAAGCGUGUACUAUAUAUUGACAUUGAUGUCCAUCAUGGUGAUGGCGUGGAGGAGGCAUUUUACACUACUGACAGAGUAAUGACGGUUUCUUUUCAUAAAUUUGGGGAUUUCUUUCCAGGGACUGGGCACAUUAAGGAUGUUGGAGUAGGGACUGGUAAAAACUAUGCCCUUAAUGUCCCCUUAAACGAUGGAAUGGAUGAUGACAGUUUUCGUGGUCUGUUUAGGCCACUUAUUCAAAAAGUUAUGGAGGUGUAUCAGCCAGAUGCAGUAGUACUCCAGUGUGGAGCUGAUUCAUUAUCUGGUGAUAGGUUGGGGUGCUUCAACCUAUCUGUAAAGGGCCAUGCAGAUUGUCUUCGUUUCUUGAGAUCAUUUAAUGUUCCUUUAAUGGUAUUAGGUGGAGGAGGAUACACAAUCCGCAAUGUUGCUCGCUGCUGGUGUUACGAGACAGCAGUUGCUGUUGGAGUUGAACCAGACAAUAAAUUGCCUUACAACGAGUAUUUUGAGUAUUUUGGACCUGAUUACGCGCUUCACAUAGAACCAUCGAACAUGGAGAAUCUAAAUUCACCUAAAGAUAUGGAAAAGAUAAGGAACACCCUGCUAGAGCAACUCUCUAGACUCCCACAUGCACCCAGUGUACCUUUCCAGAUGACUCCCUCGUCUGAAAUUCCGGAAGAGGUUGAAGAGAGCAUUGAACGUAGACCCAAACGCCGUAUCUGGAACGGUGAGGAUUAUGAUUCUGAUUCUGAAGAAAACCGAAAGCGACCAAACAUUAGUGAAGGAACUGGUGUAAAUAAUCUGACAAGGGACGUAGUAGAUGACAUGGAGGAGGAUAAAAACAUGGGCCAUCAAUGUUGUUGACACAUAAAAACCCAUCGUAAGUGUAGAGUUCUUGACGACUUUGAAAUCUAAUCAAUUUCGAUAAGAAGAAACACCUAGGAUCAAGCCAUACUUCUUAGAACCUGGGCUUGUCUUUUGAUUCGGCUUCAGAAUUGGAACAUACAUCUUGAUGUAGUUGAUUUGAGCAUGAUGAAAUCUGUUUCUCAAGGCUUUUCUGUUUUCAACAAUUUGUACACAAGAAAUACGCUGUAAACAGGAAUGAUGAGCAUUUACAUCGCAGACUUUUGUACCAAUAUAUUUUGAUGUAGUUGAUUUGAGCAUGGUGAGAUCUUCUCUGGUAUGUAUGAAUUUGAUAGUUCAUAAUUUAAAAUUUUAACUUUGGCUCCUUACAUUGGUAUUUA